AUGGGUGCCUCUCGCCAUGACUCCAACGAGCCCAGCACAGUCUCCGACCUCGAGGCAUCUCCCUCCCAUGUCUUCAACGAGCAGACCAACUACGUCCCUAGGAGGACAAUCAUCACCAUAUUCCUCGCCUGCUCAACAGUCGACCUCAUAGCCCUAAUGGACCAGACAACCCUCGCAGCAAGCCUCUCCAUCAUAUCCAACGCCCUGCACGCCAACGACAAAGCCGCCUGGAUCUCAGGCGCGUACUUCGUAACAUCAACAGCCUUCCAGCUCCUCUACGGCCGCCUCUCCGACAUCUGGUCCCGCAAAUCCGUCCUCUUCACCGGGCUGGCAAUCUUCCUCCUCGGCUCGCUGGCAUCCUCCCUCGCAUCCACCGCGCCCCAACUCAUCGUCUUCCGCGCCUUCACGGGCAUCGGCGGCGGCGGGCUCAUGACACUCGCACAGAUGAUCGUCAGCGACGUCGUGCCCCUGCGCGAGCGCGGCAAGUACCAAGGCAUCCUGGGCGCUGUUGUCGCCAUCGCGAACGGAAUAGGCCCGGUCAUCGGUGGUGCGCUGUCGUCUAGCUCACCCACUGGCUGGCGGUGGAUAUUCCGGCUGAACCUCCCGCUUACGGCGCUUGCGACGGCCGCUGUGUUCUUCUUCAUGCCGUUGCGGAAGGUGCAGGGGGGUUGGAGGGAUAAGGUCAAGGCUGUUGAUUUCGUUGGUGGUGCUUUAGCGCUCGCGGGGACGGCGGUGCUCCUGCUCGGUCUGACGUGGGGAGGCGGGGAGUAUGCGUGGGACUCGGCGCAUGUAGUGUGCACGAUUGCCAUCGGCUUUGCGGUUUGCGUUUUCUUCGUGCUGUGGGAGUGGAGGGGGGCCAGGGUCCCGCUUGUGCCGAUGGGGAUCUUCAAGAGCGGGAUUGUGGAUGGGGCGUGUCUGACGAUGUUCAUUAACGGGUGGAACUUUUUAGUCCAGGUUUACUAUAUCCCGAGCUUCUAUCAGGUGGUCUUUGGGUAUGGGGCUGUUAGGGCGGGCGCUAUGCUUUUGCCUGUUACUUUGAUGCAGACCGUUAGCAGCACGCUCUCCGGCCUCGUCGUGCACCGGGUCGGCCGGUACAGAGAGUGCAUCCUGUUCGGAUGGAUGGUCUGGGCUGUUGGGCUGGGCCUGUUCUCAACGCUGGACGAGAACUCCGGCGUGGGAAAGCAGAUCGGGUAUGGGAUCCUGACGGGCGUCGGUGUAGGGAAUACAUUGCAGCCGGCGCUGAUUGCCAUCCAAGCCGGCGUCUCAAGGCGCGACAUGGCUGUCGUGACGUCUUUCCGGAACUUCAUCCGCAAUCUAGGCGGAACCCUCGGCCUAGCAGUCGCGCAAACAAUCAUAAACAAUCUCCUCGUCGCCUCGCUAACACCCCUCCAUCUCCCACCAGCAGCGCAAAAGUCCUUCCUCUCCAGCCCAACAGCAUACCUUAGCACCCUCUCCGACACCGAAGCGCAGCACGUCCGGAGCCUGCUGAUACCAGCGUACAAGCGCGGGUUCCGGAUCAUCUUCAUGAUCGGGGCUGCCCUUGCGGCUGUUGCAUUCUGCAUCGCGGGCGCGCUGAUUAGGCAGGUUUGUUUGGAGAAGGGGGAUGAAGAGGUACUGAAGGAGGAGGGGAGGAAAAGGGUUCAGAGUGAAAGGGGGAGGAAGGGGGAGGGCGAGAAGGCCGCGGAGAAGAGCGCGGGGGCCGAUGUACAUGUGAAAGAUAGGAAAGAGGUGCAGGGGGGUCGGGAGCAGAUACCCUGA